AUGAUAUCAACAAAAACUUUGAAUGAUGCAAGAGAAAAUGUAAAGUCUAUAUCAACACUUGUUUCAAAUAAAUAUAUUGUUCCGUCUCCUCUUUCUUCCCUACCUCACGCUUCCCGUUAUCUUAACCUAUAUUGCACGACACAACGUAGUGCUCAGACACAACGACAUUACGUGACAAAUCGAUUCAGCAGAAAUCUAAUAUGGCCGAAUCGAAGAAAAGAAAUAAACUCAAAAUUGAUCAUCGGAGGAAUUAUUUUAAUUAAUGCCGCAGUAUUUGGUGCUUGGAAAUACGCCAUGUUUCUUGGUCAAUACUAUCGUGAUUGGAGGCUUUACUCUUUUAUGACAAAGAAUCUGUUAAUGGGUAUUAAUAAUAUAAAGGCGGGAAGAUGGUGGACAAUGAUCACUGCAAAUUUUAGUCAUUCUAAUCCAUGGCAUCUUGUCCUGAAUUGCUUUGUCUUUUGGAGCUUUGGACCAGCAAUUUUGGGACUUAUUGGAGUAAAACAAUUUGUACUGGUUUAUCUUGCCUCUGGAUUAAGCGGAUCUCUAGCACACUUAUUCUAUCAUUAUAAGAUUAGACCAAGAACAAUCGAUCGACGUUUUUUACCCGUAACUCAUAGUCAAGGCGCUUCAGCCUGUGUAAUAGGAAUCAUCACAAUCUUUGCACUAAAAAAUCCAUUUGAAACUGUCAUCCUAUUCAUCAUACCGAUGCCUGCCAUAGCAGCAAUUGGAUUGUUUGCUGCCUACGAUAUUUACAAUUCUUGGCAUCCUGGGAGAAAUUUAGUUGAUUCGUCUGCACAUUUAGGUGGUGCACUGUUCGGGGCACUUUAUUAUUGGACGAGAUUACGGCCGAAAACGAGAGGUAUUAUUCGUGCCGGACGAUUCAAGAUAUAA